CUGUGAAAUGAGCUCAGUCGCGCUUGCGGUAACGGUUUACAGAAAACGUCAAACAUGCGCUAGGUUUGAUCUGUAGUGCACUGAUACUCACCUAUGUCGACUGAAACGAAACAAUUCGACUAUCUAUAUUGUAUUAAUUGUACCUUUGCUUUUUCUAAUGAUUCAUCCACACUGAAUUAUGGAAGACCAAACAACUCCUGUUCGUGAACAGCACAUGUUCAACAUUGUCAAUCUUCAGCGAUAUCUAGCUGGAAAGACAUAAGGAGUGUCCAACAAUGACAAGCUCACUGUCAGACAAUGCAGGUGUACCCACUCCUGGGGACCUGAUCUCCAUCUACUGCCGCUGCAGGGGGAUCCCAUCCUCUCUGCCUCAGCUCAACUUCUACCUGGCCCUCUCUGUCUUUAAGAUGGCAGGGAUUGCUCAGGGCAUCUAUGUCCGCCACCUCCUGUGCAAUGCCAGUGCUCCGAAUGCUGCCCAGUUUGGCCAGAGUGUGGAGCCGUUGGCCCAGGUUGGGCUGCAGAUUGCACAAAGCUUCCACGCAUAGCCUACAACCCACUGAUGCGGACCUUUGGAACAUCCUCAAGUCUAAUAAAUCUAUCUAAUAUAGCCUACACCAUCACAAUAAAUCCAUUAUUUAUAUGAAGAGAAUGUAGCCUAUUUCAGAAGAACAGAAUAGCAUAUUCUGAGUCGUCCUUAUGUUAGGCCAUGACUGGGUUUAUAAGAACACACGUUUCACUAGGCUCUGUGGGCUAUGGGCUCUCUAACUGUGUUCCAGGGGUCUUGGGCCUAAACGGCUACGUUUGGAGUUAUUUGUCAGAACAUAUAGGUCUGAGAGCUAGGCUACAUAAAGCAUGUGACUAUGAAAGAAAUGAUGCACUGUUUCUUGCCUUAGACUGCACACGCUGGGCAUCAUUCACAAGUGAUAAUAUUCUCACCCAUCAGACUAUUCUCAAUGUAAUCUUGUCUACAUAUACUUGGGCCAUUAUAAUGUCAUCCGUAUGCACUUGAAUAGCGAAUGGAGGACGUUUUCCCCGCCGUUCAUUUCAGCCACUCCUAAUGUAAAGCGAAAGAACGUGCCUAAUUUUAGGAAAGUUGAGAAAUAAAUAUAGUAGGCCUAGCCUAUAGAAGGCUGAAGGGAUCUUCCUCUUUUUGAUAGUCCUUCAAAACUCUGUUUUCUCACGCAAUUGCAUAGCAUAGCCUAUAGAAAUGUAGCGCAACUAAGGUUUAUGGAAACACUUUCAUUCCAUGGAUUAACUAUCUAUGAGGAGCUGGCCCUCGCUGCGCAACAAUUUGAUUUUCGAUAGCAUUUGCAUUGAUGUCAGCGUGAUUAAAGGGACAAUAGAGCGCUGAGCGCCGGUGAUUAGCGACUGGCCGAUAGCAAGUUUGGUAACCUACUAAUGACCGUCAGAGCUCAGUUUUGGAGAAGCCUAAUUACUGUGACUCAACGGUCAUGUGGGCUCCCGAGUGGCGCAGCGGUCUAAGGCACUGUAUCUCAGUGCCUGUAUGUCACUGUAUCUCGAGGCGUCACUGUAGACACCCUGGUUCGAUUCCAGGCUGGAUCACAACCGGCCGUGAUUGGGAGGCCCAUAGGGUGGCGCAGAAUUGAACAGCGUCGUCCGGAUUUGGCCGGAAUAGAAUAACUAAUCAUUUGUUCUUAACUCACUUACCUAGUUAAAUAAAAAAUAUGGAAUUUGACUGCGGUCACUCCAGACUGUCCGACUGCGGUAAUACAUUCACCCUAAUAGCCAUACGUUAAACGUCUGUGGGUUGCAGUUGUCAUUGUGGUGUGACAACAGAGAAACCACCAUCAAAUUGCUGGUUCACUAUAGUGGGGGAAAAAACGAACCUGUUGUAAAAUAAAUGUCAUUUAUUUUUGGAGUUCCUUUUUCCCUGUCACCAUAACUUUUGUUGUGUUUGUGUAUGCAUGCCGGUAGAUGUUGCUAGCAGACGUUCUCAGUCACUGUCCGAUCUAGGACAUUCCAGAUGUUCCUUGUGUUACAAAAUGUGGUUUGAGGCCUUUUUCAUAACAACAUUUCUACAUGGCAUCGAACAUUGGCCUGUUGUAUUCAGUAUCGGCACGGAAUUUAUCCUUAACAAGACUGUCUAAACCUAGCGCAUGUUCUCUUUCAGUAAUUAAAUCUGAGUUUAAUAUUUAUGGUCCUAUGUGGCUCCUUUUCAUAGAGCACAUCGUCUGCAUCGUGGGUUCAAUUCCUGCUGGGGCCACCCAUAUGUAAAUGAAUGCAUGCACUACUGUUAAGUCGCUUUAGAUAAAGGGUCUGCUAAAUGACAUUUUAUAUUAUUGUGUUGUCAGACAUAUCUGUGAUUCAUCAGUACAUUCUGUGCAUUUUAUCGCACAACCAUGCCUUGUUUUCCGGUUGCUUCUAAUGCCAGAAACAAUAUAGUCUCCCCAAGUGAUCUAUUUAGUCAUUCAUAUCUGGUGUGUAUCAGACUGUGAAACACCAGUGCGUCCCAAAUGGCAGUGCAUUCCAAAAUGGCGCCGUAGUCCCUAUAUAGUGCACUACUUUUGACCAGAGCCCCUAUUGGCCCUACUGAAUUAUAUUAUAUCGGGAAUAAGGUGCCAUUUGGAAUACAAGCACUAUGGGAUGAUGCCUCUUAUGGUAUGUUGAGUUUCAUCAACACUUAUCACGCUCACAAGUCGACAACAUCAAAUUGACUGUGUGUGUAAGGGGUUUCUAUAUCCAAGGAUGGAAGGGUAGUGGUCUGAAUGUAUAACAAUGACAUAAUUAUUCUGGAAACUAGUGGUUUUGGUUUUCCAGCUUUAUGGGAUUUCCAGCUUUAAUCAGAGGAGGAAUAUUAUGUAAUUAGUCAUUUUGGGCUCCCAAUUGGCGGUCUAAGGCACUGCAUCUCAGUGCUAGAAGCGUCACUACAGACCCUGGUUCGAUUCCAGGCUGUAUCACAACUGGCCGUGAUUGGGAGUCGCAUAGGGCGGUGCACAAUUAGCCCAGUGUCGUCCAGGUUGGGGUUUGGCCGGGGUAGGCCAUCAUUGUAAAUAAGAAUUUGUUCUUAACUGAUUUGCCUAGUUAAAUAAAGGUAAAAUAAAAUAAAUAAAAAAUUGGUGAUUAAGAGAUGCCAAUCGCUUACCAAGAGUGUAAUUUCUGUAUUGGAAUAUAAGUGCGUAUACUUUACACAACAUGGAGAUUGCCUUGCAUUUGGUAGAUAUUCAAAUAAUCUAUUAUAGCUGCUAAUUUCUUGGUAUUAUACAAGAAUGAGGAAAUUCAUUUAACUAAGUAAACGAAGUGUGAGGUGCUGUCUGGUACUUGUGAGUCAUUAAAGUGAUAAUGCCCGAGAAGCCAGUGUUUGGAGGAAUAUUGGCACGGCUGUUGUCGUCGAGGGCUGGAAAACCGUGCCAAUAUAUCAUCCAAACACCGGCUUCGAGGGUAUUAUCACGUUUAUACCGGAUACCAACAUAUUAAAAUAAUGAUUGACAUAUUUUCAUUAAAAACGUUAUUUUUAUGAAUUUAUUCAUACUAUUUCAUCCUUCCACAAGAUAUAGUCCCGACACAAAUCUAGGUUUGCUACCCAAGCCGGCUGGUCGUUCGUUCUAUUGGUUCGAUUGCCAGAGACUAGACCCAGUUGUUCAGUCUUUUUGUUAUGUAAUUGUCGAUCGUUCUAAAUGUUCCAUUGCCAUACUGCCUGGAAACGUUCUUAUCCCUUGCUAGCUAGCCAACUACGGCUAAUUUAUAGUCACGUCAAAAAAGUGCAGACAGAAUAACAUUAAAGUAGCUGCAUUUGUUUAAGCUGUUUUCUCGUGACAUGUAUUUGGAUACAUCCAUAACAAUGAACUAAUGAGGCGAGUGUUCACCUGGCGUAGAAAAUGUGCUCUCUCGUCAGGACACUGUUGUUCAGUGGAGCUAUCCAAC